AUGAACAUUCUGGAGUACAUGUUCGGCAAGCGCAUGACGCCCGCGGAGCGUCUGCGCAAGAACCAACGCAUGCUGGACAAGGCUAUCCGCGAGCUGGACCAGAUUCGAGUCAAGCUUGAGAAGCAAGAAAAGCAGUUGAUCACCCAGAUCAAGCAAAGCGCUCAGAAGGGACAGAUGGGUGCUUGCAAGAUCCAGGCGAAGGAUCUUGUCCGCACAAGGAGGUACAUCGAGAAGUUCUAUGGAAUGCGCAGCCAGCUGCAAAAGAUCUCGCUUAGGCUGCAGACCUAUCGCACCAACGAGCAGAUGAUGCAAGCCAUGAAGGGCGCAACCGUGGCCCUGGGCAGCAUGAACCGAUCGAUGAACCUCCCCGCCCUCCAGCGCAUCGCCAUGGAAUUUGAGCGCGAGAACGACAUUAUGGACCAAAGACAGGAGAUGAUGGACGACGCCAUUGAUGAUGCCAUGGACGUCGGCGCCGAGGAGGAGGGCGAGGAGGUUGUGGAGCAAGUUCUGGAAGAGAUCGGGGUUGACUUGACAUCAGCGCUCGGCGAAACACCGUCCGGGAUGCAAACCGCGGCGGUGCCGGAGAGCAGGAUUGCUCAAGCAGUCGGCGGAGGAGGUGGAGGUGCGGAUCCCGGCGACGACGACCUCCAGGCCCGUCUCGACAGCCUCAGGCGGUAG